AGGUGGGUUCUGUGGGCGCGAGCUGUUGGUUUUUUCCUCCUCUGUCGCAGGCGCAGCAUAACCGAUGUUGAGCUAAAAUCAAAGCUAAAGUUUAACAUUCUGGGUACAGACGUAUUUCCUCCCACGGUUUAGAGCGCUUUGGUAUUUCCGUUAUACCCUAAAAUGAGACGUACCCGAAGUGCCCGUAGCAAGCCGGAAGAAAAUAAGGAAGACGGAGUGAGUGAACCCACAACAGUUUGGCAGUGGGAGGUGGGGGAUGGGGAGUGGGAGGCCUAUUCCCCCUCUGCCUGUGCCCAGCUGGACAGUGCAGUUGGGGCCGGUCGGGCGUCCAUGACUCUGACCCUGAGCACUGGCUCCAAGUACAGAGUGGACUUGAAGAAGAUGAUCCAGACGAACGCCGUCACCAAAUUCCAGAGGAAGAUUCGCUCCCACACAGUGAAACAAGAGAGUGCAAGUGAUGCUGGAGGCCCUUCCCACAUUAAGGAGGAGGAAGAGGAGAAGGAGGUGGUGGAGGAGCCAGUUGCCAAAAAGAGGCGGGGCAAGGGGCGGAGUGAAAAGGCCAGUCAGGAUGUCCCGACGGAAUGCACAGAUAGCAAGGAGGUUGUGAAGACAGUGGUAAUGAAGGGGAAGGCUCCGGUGGACUCAGAGUGCACAGCCAAGCUGGGAAAGGCCCACGUGUACUGUGAAGGAGAGGAUGUCUAUGAUAUAAUGUUAAACCAGACCAACCUCCAGUUCAAUAACAACAAAUACUACCUGAUACAGCUGCUGCAGGAUGACAAUGCCAAGAACUACAGCGUGUGGAUGAGAUGGGGGAGAGUGGGAAAGACCGGGCAGCACAGUCUGGUGUCCUGUGGGCCAGACCUCUCUCAGGCUAAAGACGUCUUCCAGAAAAAGUUUUUUGACAAGACGAAGAACGAGUGGGAAGCGCGAGCUUCCUUUGAAAAAGUGGCGGGAAAAUACGACAUUCUGUUCAUGGACUACGGCUCCAGCGAUCAGGAGGCCGCGACGAAGCCUGGGACUCAAGUUGAUGGUCCGCCCCAGAAAAGGGCCUCCCAGCUGGACAGCAAAUUGCAGUCCCUCCUGGAGCUCAUCUGUGACAUCAAAGCCAUGGAGGAGUGUGUGCUGGAGAUGAAGUUCGACAUCAAGAAAGCUCCCCUGGGGAAGCUGAGGGUGGAGCAGAUCAAGGCAGGCUACGAGGCUCUGAAGCAGAUCGAGGAGUGCAUGCAGAGGAAAGGCAGUGCCAAGGAACUGCUGGAGGCCUGCAACCAGUUCUACACCCGCAUCCCACACGACUUUGGAUUGCGUACCCCACCCCUUAUUCGUACAGAAGAGGAGCUGAAGGAGAAGAUAGCGUUGCUGGAGGCCCUCAGUGAUAUACAGAUAGCGGUUAAAGUGGCUCAGAUGGAUGCAGGCAGUUUGGAGCACCCUCUGGACCGCCAGUAUCACUCCCUACACUGCAACCUGCUCCCCCUGGCGUCCGACUGCCAUGAGUUCAAGGUGAUAGAGCAGUACCUGCAGACCACUCACGCUCCCACACACAGUGACUACACCAUGACCAUCUUGGACAUAUUCACAGUGGACCGAGAGGGAGAGAUGGACAACUUCCAGUCACAGCUGCACAACAGGACUCUGCUGUGGCACGGAUCCCGUCUGUCCAACUGGGUGGGGAUCCUAAGCCAGGGCCUACGCGUGGCCCCCCCUGAGGCCCCCGUCACCGGAUACAUGUUUGGGAAGGGCGUCUACUUUGCUGACAUGUCGUCAAAAAGCGCCAACUACUGCUUUGCCAACCAGAAGAAAAACACAGGCCUGCUUCUCCUCUCUGAGGUUGCCCUGGGCGACAGUAAUGAGUUGGUGGAUGCUGACUAUGAUGCAGACAAACUUCCUGCUGGGAAACACAGCACCAAGGGCCUGGGCCAGACAGGCCCCGACCCCAAAAACACCAUCACCCUGGAUGGAGCCGCCGUACCCAUGGGCCCCAGCGUGAGGACGGGUGUGGGGCAAAGGGGGGGCUACUCCCUUCUCUACAACGAGUUUGUGGUGUACAGCCCCACCCAGGUCCGCAUGAAAUACCUGCUGAGGGUGCAGUUCAACUACUCCGCGCUGUGGUAGGAGAGAGGGAGAGAGAUGAGGGGGAAGCGAGAGAGAGGGAGGGAGAGAGCCACGGUUGGAGGGAAAGAGAGGGACGGAGGGAGCAAGGGGCAAAAGGAUUGAAAGAGAGGUGGGAGGUUGCACUGUGUGCACCGUGCACUAUGAAGUUUUACAUACUCAACCUUUGAGUUUCUGACUGUUUCGUUUCUUUCUGUGUAUUUUCUAAAGUAAAUGAAUUUAAAAUAUGAAAA